CCGUAAAGAAAGAUAAGAUCAAAUUACAACGAUGUGAUUACAUAUAAUAGCACACUCCCUUUGAAGACUUGGUGAUCAACUGUCUUUCAAUUUUCAAAAAUGUUGUUACAAGUAGUACUAGCAUUGUUUUUUGUUUCAGUGUACAGUGUUGGUGAUGUUUCUUAUGUUGGUGCAUCGUCUUCUUUAAAUCAUAGGAAACAGUUACAUGUAGUAGGAGAAGAAGUAGAGUCUCUUUUGAAAUGGAAAUCAACCCUCAAGAACCAAUCUGAUUCUUACCUUCAUUCUUGGAAGAGAAGUUCCAACUGCCAAUACAACAAGUCCAUGCAAGUGGCACGGAAUAACUUGUAAUGAUGAUGGAAGUGUCACUGAAUUGAAUUUAACAAGUUCAAAUAUACGAGGUACGUUCCAGAGUUUCAACUUCUCAUCUUUCAUCAAUUGUGUUAGUCUUGACUUUAGCAAGAAUAAACUCUUCGGAUCCAUUCCCUCUCAAAUUGGUAAUCUUUCUAAACUGACAUACCUUGAUCUUUCCGUGAACAAACUUACCGGACAUCUCCCACCAGAAAUAGGAUUCCUUACAAAUAUGAAUUUGUUUAGUAUUUUUCACAAUCACAUUAGUGGUCCUAUCCCUACUUCUAUAUCUAACCUGAGCAACUUACAAACUUUAUACCUUGACCGGAACCGAUUUUCUGGUACCAUACCUCAAGAUAUCGGAAAGUUGAGGUCUCUCAUUGACUUAGCAUUUUCCAAAAACAAUCUCACUGGUUUGAUUCCCACAUCUAUAUGUAACAUGAGCAAUCUAAACUACCUGUAUCUUUUUGGAAAUCAACUGUCUGGUCAGAUUCCUCAAGAAAUUGGAAGGAUGGCAUCUCUUACGGACUUGGAAUUGGCCGCAAACAAUCUUAAUGGUCCAAUUCCCACUUCUAUAAGUAACCUUAGCAACCUAGAUACUCUAUAUCUUUUUGGAAAUAAAUUAUCCGGUAAUGUUCCAGUAGAUAUUGGAAGGCUAGUAUCUCUUAUUGACGUUCAAUUGUCCGUAAACAAUCUCAUUGGUCCAGUUCUUGUUGCCUUGUGCAAUUUGACUAAUCUAAGAUAUCUAGGUGUUUUUAUAAAUCAUUUCUCUGGCACCAUUCCCCAAGAUAUCGGAAGGCUACAAUAUCUUACUGAAUUAGAUUUAGGAACAAACAGUUUCCAUGGUCCAAUCCCCGUUUCUUUAUGCAAUUUGAGCAACUUAAACAUUCUGCGCCUUUUUCAAAACGAACUCUCUGGUCCAAUUCCUCAAGAAAUUGGAAAGCUUGUAUCUUUAACCAACUUAGAAUUGUCCACCACCAAUUUAACCGGUCCAAUCCCUCCUUCUUUAUGUAAUAUCAGCAGCCUAAACACAUUAUUCCUUUUUGAAAAUCAACUUUCUGGAACCAUUCCUAAUGAAAUCGGAAAACUAAGUUCUCUUACUGAUAUUGAGUUGUCGAUAAAUAAUCUUAGUGGUCCAAUCCCUUAUUCUCUAUGCAAUCUUACCAACCUAAAAAUUUUGUACCUUAACCAAAAUCAACUCUCUGGUGUCAUUCCUCGUGAUAUUGGAAGGCUUAGCUCUCUUAUCAGUGUUGCUCUGCAUACAAACAACCUCGUAAGUACGAUCCCUACUUUUUUAUGUAACUCGACAGUUGGAACGUUACCCACCUUGCAAUCAAUCUCUCUAUUUCAUAAUCAACUUACCGGGCCAAUACCUAAACAACUUGGAGAAUGUUCAAAUUUGCUCUACUUGGAUUUGAGGAGAAACAGUUUAAAUGGAAGCAUUCCACUAACCAUUGGAAGCUUGAUUUCGUUACAAAUGCGAUUGGAUCUCAGUCAAAAUGAGUUGAGUGGGGAAAUUCCAUCAGAUUUUGGAAAACUAAACAAACUGGAAAUAUUAAAUUUAUCUCAUAACAAGCUUUCUGGUUCAAUUCCUUCUUCAUUUGUUGAAAUGGUUAGCUUGAACAGCGUCGAUGUUUCGUUUAAUCAGUUGAGUGGUCCUAUUCCAAACAUCAAGGCUUUUGAGAAUGCUCCUUUUGAUGCAUUGAGAAACAACAGUGGUUUGUGUGGUAAUCACUCUGGAGGUUUUAAACCAUGUGGUUCCUUGGUUAUGAACGGAAGGAAAAAAGUGAAACCAAGACUUGUGAUAAUUUUAGUUUCUUUGUUUGGUUCAUUGUUUCUUUCGCUCACAUUUCUUGCUAUCUUUUUUCGCCUGCGAAAAAGACAAGUAGGUAAUAUCGAGCAGGCGGAUCAACUCACAGAUACAAACACAAGAAGAAACAUAUUCUCGGUACAGAAUUACGAUGGGAAACUAGUGUUCGAAGAAAUAAUUGAGGCAACUGAAAAUUUUGACACCAAUUAUUGCAUUGGUGCGGGAGGAUAUGGGAGUGUCUACAAAGCAGAAUUAUCGACUGGUCAGGUUGUUGCUGUGAAGAAGCUUCACUCAUCAGAUGAAGGCUCUGAAGUAAUUGGUCUAAAAUCUUUUGAAAGUGAAGUUCAAGCAUUGACAGAAAUCCGGCAUAAGAACAUCGUAAAACUCUUUGGUUUCUGCUCCAGUGUAGAGCGGAAUAUCUCAUUCUUGAUUUAUGAGUUUGUAGAGAGAGGGAGUUUAAAAAAGAUUUUAUGCGACGGGGAACAAGCGGUAGAGUUUGAUUGGAUAAAGAGGUUAAUAUUCAUCAAGGGAGCAGCUGAUGCACUUUCUUACAUGCACCAUGACUGUAUACCAGCAAUAGUUCAUAGGGACAUAUCUAGCAACAAUGUCUUGUUGGAUUUGGAAUACGAAGCUCGUGUUUCUGAUUUUGGAACUGCAAGGAUAUUAAAGCCUGAUUCAUCUAAUUGGACAUCACUUGCAGGAACAUAUGGAUAUGUUGCUCCAGAACUUGCCUACACAAUGAAGGUAACCGAGAAGUGUGAUGUUUAUAGCUUUGGAGUGCUUGUCCUAGAAGUACUACAUGGGAGACACCCUACUGAGACCAUCGCGUUACUCUCUCCUGCUCUCCUUCCAUCGUUGUCAUCAUCAUCUUCAAGUUCAAAUAUUCCGGGGGAAAAUACAAUGUUGAAAGACAUCUUGGACCAGUGCGUUGGAGCACCAACGAAUGUUAUGAAGAAAGAGAUAAUGCACUUUAUGAAGGUUGGUCUCUCAUGCUUACGUGGUGAUCCACGUACCCGGCCAACAAUGCAACAAGUAUCGAUAGAGCUAUCACUGUCAGCUCAUAGUAGGCCAUCUUUUGGGAAGCCCUUUGAAACCAUUACACUGGGAGACCUACUGAUGGGGGAUUCAUAAGAAUCAUGAUGUGCAACUAAAUUAUCCGCAUACAUUUCACUUGUUUCUUCGGUAGCAUUAUUCAGUUAAGAAUAAUAGAAUAUUGUAUAAUUCUAUUUCAUUCAAUCAAAAUCCAUCUUGUUCUUGCU